UCCGAAUCACAUCAUAUUGUCCAUCCCAAAAUGAGUUUCCUAGAACAAAUUAAGAAAAAUAGAUUGAAUCUGAAGGCUACCGAAACGCAGGUAACGUACGCUGACGGCAGAAAGGCCAUAGAAUGUAAAGAUAAAGUUAGGUUGCUCGAUGAAAAAUCACAUGGGUUUGUCGUGGACACGAAACCUGACACCGUACCCGCUUGCAUUCUUGACAAUAACUUGUAUCUUGGAUCUCAAGAUUCUGUAGAUGCAAGUAAUAUUAAUAGUUUCGGAUUAACUCACAUCUUAAGCGUUGGUAUCGAUACACCAAAUGCAGAUUUGUAUUCAAAUGUUACUUGUAAAUAUGUCCCAUGUUUAGAUCUACCUGAAACUGAUCUCAAAGCCGUUUGUGACGAAUCCAAUCAAUUCAUCGCAGAUGCAUUGAAUAAUGACGGAAAAGUUCUAGUUCAUUGCAAUGCAGGCGUUUCACGGUCAACGAGUGUUGUAAUUGGUUAUUUAGUCACAUGUAAACGUCUUUCAUUCAAUGAAGCUUAUGAUCUUGUGAAAUCAAAGAGGCCAUGCAUUCAGCCAAACGCCGGAUUUUUAAAACAACUCAAAGAGUUUUAAGGUAGCAAAGUUUAAAACCAAAAAUUGUAGUUUGGAGAAAGCUACCCUUUGUCUAUUAAUUUUAACUGCAAAUUGAUAUAUGGUGUUAGAUAUUAGCUAGAAGUAGAGUGUAAAUAAUUUAAAACGUGUGAAUAAAUGUUUUAUGACUGA